AGUUUGUUCGGCGGAUCGAUGUUUGCUGGCAUCGCCUCGCCCUGCCUGUGCCGUGUGUGAUAUAGUGUUACAGUGAAGCGCUGCGCUGCGUCCUUUACACAGCUCACACAUCACACACGCAUACUGGGGAGACUGGCAUCUGACAGCGAUCGCUCCUUGGCUUUGGAAACGAAACGGAGAAAAACGGAAAGGAAAGAAAACAAUCCGCCAUAGAUCUGGGACAUAAGAAGUGAAAGUGCGCACCGAUUAUUUCCCCCCAUAAUCCGCUGAUAUUGGAUUUUUAAAGAAGAGGUCAGAAGUACUGAGAUCAGAGAAGAAAGACUCGCUCUUUCUUUAUGGACUAUCUCAGAUCGCAUAGCAAUUUUACCUGGGCAGAGUCACCGUGAACUGCGAGUUCAAAGAUGCCAAGAAGAAAACAGCAGGCACCCAGACGGGCUGCGGUGUACGAGCCAGAUGACGACGUCGGUGUCCAGGAUGCCAUCGCAGAGGAUGACGCAGAGAACACCAUGACAACUGAGGAAGAGGGCCCCGACAAGGCCAGUCUUAAGGAGUCGGAGGAGAAGGAGGUCGACAAUAAAAGCAGCUACAGCUACCAGAACUCUCCUCUGAGCAUCCUCUCCAAUCAGGAAGCCGAAUUGGAGUCCCGCCUCAGUGACGCCAGCGACAGACUGUCUGACUUCAAGAGCACCUCAACACCAGAGAGCCAGAGGGACCCAGAGAGUAAGGGCUCCAAGCUGAAAGAUGAGAUGCACAACAGCCUGGAGAAAAUGCGAGCUGCAUAUGCCAACUUCCUCUCGGAUUCCUACUGGACGGGAAUUGGCAUGGAUUUGAAGAUGGCUAACAAUGCAAGCAAAGGAAGCUGCGAUAGCACCAAUGGGAGUACCAAAAGUGAGUUUGACUGGCACCAGGACGCACUCUCCAAAACCCUCCAACAGACUCUUUCUCCCAAGCCUGCCUCCAAGCCAAACCUCUUCAGCUCCGUCCACCUUUACAGGCAGAGCAACAAGGCAUGCGGGGCCGUCUUCACGGGGGCCAGCCGGUUCCGCUGCAAGGACUGCAGUGCAGCUUACGACACCCUGGUGGAGCUGACGGUGCACAUGAACAAAAGUGGCCAUUACCAAGAUGACAACCAUACCAGACAAGGUAGCACCUCCACGUCUUCCUCCAAGAUGCGAAAAAGGAACCUGCAGGACAUGGAGGGGAAGGAAGAUGCACAGAAAGUCCUUAAAUGCAUGUUCUGUGGCCACUCUUUUGACUCCCUGCAAGAUUUAAGUGUCCAUAUGAUAAAAACUAAACAUUACCAAAAAGUGCCUUUGAAAGAACCCAUUCCCGUAAUCACACCCAAACUAAUUCCACCGACUAAAAAGCGGGCGUAUGAAGUCACAAGACCCUGUUCUCCAGACUCAACCACAGGGGUAGCCAACUACAAUGAUGCACAAAGGUCCUCCGGCCUCCAUGCUCCCCACAGCAAUCGUUAUGGGUAUCAGAAUGGUGCGAGCUACACGUGGCAGUUCGAGACAUGCAAGUCUCAGAUCUUAAAGUGCAUGGAGUGUGGAAGCUCGCACGACACUCUCCAGCAGCUCACAACUCAUAUGAUGGUCACAGGGCACUUCAUCAAGGUUACAAGUUCGGCUUCUAAGAAGGGGAAGCAGCUAGCUUUGGACCCCCUAGCCGUCGAGAAGAUGCAAGUGUUCGCGGAGCCCACAAAUGACUUGCCCUCCGGUACAGAAGGUGACAAAGGGUCUCCAAAGAGUAUGGCCACUGGCAACACUGAGAAGGACAUGAGGAAGGAGGGGUCGGUGGAGAAAACUGCAAGCACCAAAGUAGAAGAGAGCGAAGUCAAAGAUCAUAAACUGGAUGGUGAAGACCAAAAGCAAGAGGAUAAACCAUUCAAGUAUCCAUACUUGCGUGAAGAGGACCUUGAGCAGAUGUCUGGAGGAGGAGGAGACAUUCUGAAGUCUCUGGCUAAUACAGUAGCGUCUGCCAUUAACAAGGCGCAGACUGGAACACCCAGUUGGAGUGCCUAUCCUAGCAUUCACGCUGCAUAUCAGCUCUCUGGAGUAACUAAGAGUGUUCCUCUUUCAGUGUCACCGCCCAUUCAGCUAAAACAGACCUUUAACAGCAAACUGAGGCCCAUAGCUCCAAAAGGGAAGUUUUAUCAGCCCGGUGCAGGGGCUGAGUGUUUUCCAGGCCAGCAUCAGAGCAUGGACAUCAAAAAAGAACUGGGCAGCACCUGCGACAGCAAAGAAAGCAAAAAGUUUGAUGAGGCUGAGAACGAUGACAGCGAUGGCCACGAAGAUUCCUCCUCCUCUUCAAAGCUGGAUGCAGACUAUGUGAAAGAAGGGAACGAGGUGAUCAAAGGGAAAUUGAGCCCGGAUUUCUCCGACAAAGGGAAGAUAUCACCAAGCCCUCCUGCCAGCAAUGGAUGCAUUAAUCCCUCAGCGCUUGUCAAUGACUCCCCUGAGAUUCUUGGCAUAAACCCACUAAGUGCACUGCAGUCUGUUCUGAACAAUCACUUGGGUAAGGCUAAUAAGCCUUCAAACUCAAGACCAGAGGCCACACUCACAAAUCGCAGGCACUCCACAUUCACCAAAGUCAACCGUGGUCUGGAGAAACCUGCCUUGGCUCUUAUUCCACCCAGAGAUGGCAGGGUCAACAACUUCCUCUUCGAGAGCAACGACCAACCAAUCGACUUAACGAAAUAUAAACAACACAAACCGAGUCCUGCUCGCCUGCAGAGCUCAACGCCAAUGCCACAGAAGCACGCUCUCUCUGACAUUGCAGACAUGGUCAAGGUUCUUCCAAAAGCCACAACCCCAAAACCAGCCAUGCCUUCAAAGAUGCCUCCCAUGAAGCUCGAAUCGGACGUGCGCCGUUUUGAAGAUGUGUCUGCGGAGGUGUACUCAGUCCAUAAGCGGAAAGGGCGGCAGUCCAACUGGAAUCCACAGCAUCUCCUUAUUCUGCAAGCUCAGUUUGCCUCUAGCCUCUUCCAGACAUCGGAGGGCAAAUUCUUGCUUUCGGAUCUCGGCCCUCAGGAGCGGAUGCAUAUUUCGAAGUUCACCGGACUUUCCAUGACCACCAUCAGCCACUGGCUGGCCAAUGUGAAAUACCAGCUGAGAAAAACAGGAGGCACCAAAUUCUUGAAGAACAUGGACACCGGCCAUCCGAUCUUCUACUGCAAUGACUGCGCAUCUCAAUUCAGGACACCGUCUGCUUUUAUCAUCCACCUGGAAUCCCACCUAGGUUUCCAGAUUAAAGACAUGAGCAGACUGCCACUGGAGCACCAGACAAAAGCAGAGCCAGAACUUUCAAAGGCUUUGGGAGCCGGAACAACGGAGGCCCCGUCUCCAGAGGAAGACAUAGACUCUAAGUUCAAAUGUAAACUCUGCAGUCGGACAUUCGCCAGCAACCACGCCGUUAAACUCCACUUAAGUAAAACUCACAGCAAGUCACCUGAGAACCAUUCACAAUAUGUUGAAAUGGACAAGGAAUAACACAACAAAGGCCCAACUUUUUACUAUACAUUUAAUUUUGCUGAUUCUUUAAUGCUUAAAAAAGUUUAAAAAAAUGUAAAAAAAAAAAAAAAGUCUCUUACCAUGUUUCAAGUAGCAUUACUUGCUGUCUUUAGGAAAAUCUAUUAGUGAGAUUCAAAAAUAAAUAUUUUUAAUAAAGACCAGUAUGGACCGUCUGCCUGAACUUAAAAUGGACUAUUAUCAGAAAAAAGAAAAUAAAAAAAAAAAUUUGAUGGUCCAAAGACCUAACAGCUCAUCAUUUUGCACCCUAAUCAAAUGCAUCACCAGUAAUGAAAUGUAUUACUGCUUGAAACAUAAUUGCUGAUGUCUGCAUGCAAUAGCAUUGGCCAUGACUACUAUUUAUUUGUAUGAUAUGCCAAGUUUUAAUUGUAUUACUUUUAAGACUGAUUAAUGCGUUUAAUUGUAAUUUACAAUUCUAAUUGUGAGUCAACUGCAUAAAUGUGCAGGUGUACCAUCAGGUAGCCAGAAACCUGUUAACACAUUUAUGGAAAAUGUACAGUAUAAUGCUCUGUAAAAUGUUUGUGUUGCAAUGAUAGAAGAAAAGCACUUUAAUAAAUGUUUAAUCACCCGUUUAGGCUCAGAUUCUGUAAAUGAUCCAACCAUUUUAGACAGGCUGAAAAUGAGGGUGUCCCAUCGAUGUUAAUAGAGCUGAACAAACAUAGUGUGUUUCAUGUUUAAAAGAUGGGGAAGCGAUUGACACCUGCACCUUUUUUUACCUAUACAAAUAAAGCGUUAACAUUUUCUAACAAA